AGGACAGCAGAAUAGAUCACAUUAGCUGGUGUCCUUCCAAGAUUCAACUGCUUCAAUUUGUUUCAAAACCACCUCAUUGGAUACAGAACAAGACUGUGUUUUGAUAAAAGAUCUAGGGACUGCAGACAGAGUGGAACAAACACAAACAACCAAUGAAGUACUUGGAAGCGAUCUGAAACUUGAUGGGAACACCAUUAGUUCCACUUCAAAGUGCCAAGUUAAACUUGAAGUAAAGGAUGGCUCAGGCAUCUCAUAUAUCUUUGCUACUUUCCUCAACUUUGGUGGACAAGCAGCUCUGGGUAUUACAGUCAGUUCUGCAUUUGCUGCAGACACAAUUAGCUUGUCUGCAAAGGUUGGAACCACAACAAUGUCUUCAAUAUCAUUUUCUAAAAAUGUAGAUCCCAUUGACAUGUUCGUGGACCUGAGCGGAUGCAGACUCUCAAAUGCCCCUUUUGUACUUCGUACAGCCUUUGAGAUUCCCAACUCAGACACCUGCUCCACCACCAUCUGUAAUGAGAAAGCAGUUCUGUCUUUUGUCAGUUCAUGUGGAGCCCGGGAGGUUUGCCUGGGCAGCAACAAAUGCGCUCUGCCCACUCUCGUGUGCACUGUGACCGGCCACACUGUCGUAGAUUUCUUUGACAGAGACCACUCUGUCCCUGAUCGGUGUGUAUACGGUCUGAUGAAGUCUACAGAAACCCCUGCUUUUGAGCUGUUUGCGGGUUUCCGGGAGAGACGCCGUGAAGAUGUGGCGCUUUUGGACUACUUGAUCCUAUCACUGACAGAGCCAAGUGCAAAGAUCUAUCUGGAACAAGGUGGAAGAGUUCGGGUUAAUGACCAAGUACUAACGCUCAAUGCCACGGCUCAGACGGUUCACGGUGUGCAGCUCUCAAAGGACCAGACUGGAGUUACUGCCUAUUUAACUUCCGCCAAGGCCACAAUCAUUUUUGAUGGCGACUCUGCAUAUGUGACAGGUCGUUUUGACAAAGUAGAGGGCUUGUGUGGCAGCAGCGCCGAUUCAACCAAGACCACCACCACGAGCGCAGAGAAGUCCACUUCUCACAGUGCAGCCAAAUGUGACAGUACGUACAGCGGUCCAUCUGACCCUACGAUCAACUGCAGCGCCUCGACCAAAUUCUGUAAUCUCCUGAGCCAGGCACCCUUCACUGCUUGCCACAGCCACAUUGCCCCGGGGCCCUUCAUUAAAGCCUGCACAGAAACUUUGUGCAAAUACCCAUCGGUGGACGGCAUCAACUGCCAGUUUUUGGAGGCGUACGCCACGUCCUGCAAGCUGGAAAGCAACGUCGUGCUCGGGGACUGGUGGUCAAAGGCCAGCUGCUCUGCACCUUCUAACCCCUGUCUGGACCUGUACUGCAGUACUAAUGAGUUCUGCGGUGAGACGUUCGGUGACACCAGCUGCGUCUGUCGGGCCACUUUUGCCUCCAAGUACAAAGCAACAAACAGUUUGGGUGAUCCGACUGUCUGCACUCAGGACUCUGCCGCUCUCACUCUGGCUGGGUGUCUGCUGCAGGAAAAAGGCAUCGACUACAAUGCCUUGCACCUCAAUGACCCAACCUGCACAGGUCACAUGGACAGCAAGACCCACAUGGUGACUUUCAGCUUCGACAGCACCGACGCGUGCGGGGUUAAGGUUACGACGAACGGCAGCCAAGUCAUCUACAAGAACACCAUCACGACGAGAAAAACCUCCGUGGACACCGUCAUCACACGCGGCAACCAGGUGGAGAUCGACUUCUCCUGCUUCUACACCCAGCCAGAUCUGAAGAAUGUGGCCUUCUUGAUCAAGGACGGCUCGGUGGUGCAGCAGAUUGUAUCUGGAGCUUGGAAUUACACUCUGAUGAUGAACACCUACACCGACGCCGGCCUCACACAGCUUGUCGGGCCGACCACUAAGAUCGGGCUGAACCAGAAGAUCUGGGUGGCGCUGAAGACAGAGGGGCUGGACGACAACAUGGUCGCAGUGGUGACCGACUCCUGCUGGGCGACCAGCGAGUCAUCCCCUGAAAGUUUGCCAAGAUACGAGCUCAUCACUAAGGGAUGCAAAAACUCUGCUGACAAGACCGUGAACAUAAACGGAAACGGGGUGGGAACGUCCAACGCCUUCUCUUUCAACAUGUUCGAGUUCGCCGGGAAAAGUAGUGAAAUCUACCUGCACUGCAAACUGCAGCUGUGCGGGGAGAGUGAUCCGACUGUCUGCACUCAGGACUCUGCCGCUCUCACUCUGGCUGGGUGUCUGCUGCAGGAAAAAGGCAUCGACUACACCACCUUGCACCUCAAUGACCCAACCUGCACAGGUCACAUGGACAGCAAGACCCACAUGGUGACUUUCAGCUUCGACGACACCGACCCGUGCGGGGUUAAGGUUACGGACUCUGCCGCUCUCACUCUGGCUGGGUGUCUGCUGCAGGAAAAAGGCAUCGACUACACCACCUUGCACCUCAAUGACCCAACCUGCACAGGUCACAUGGACAGCAAGACCCACAUGGUGACUUUCAGCUUCGACGACACCGACCCGUGCGGGGUUAAGGUUACGACGAACGGCAGCCAAGUCAUCUACAAGAACACCAUCACGACGAGAAACACCUCCGUGGACACCGUCAUCACACGCGGCAACCAAGUGGAGAUCGACUUCUCCUGCUUCUACACCCAGCCAGAUCUGAAGAAUGUGGCCUUCUUAAUCAAGGACGG